ACCAGGCGAAGGCUCCUGUGGUUAAGAAUAGAAAAAAGCAUGUGGUCUCGCCAUCCUGAUGCCCUAUUUGGCACUCUCGUCGGAGAGGUGUCAGAUACCGAAGUCUGCAACACUCGUCUGUGGAUCAGUAUUUACGGCCCGUCUUAUCCCGUUUGUGAUCAAACAACCAAAGAUCCUUAAUGGGACCACUUCUCUUCAUCUUUGGGCAGCAGCAGCAGCAGCAGCAGCGCACAGCUGGCUCCUGGCGGCACCGGAUCCAGUGGGAGAACAACGGGCAGGUUUAUAGUUUAAUGAGCACUGGGUUAGAGUACCAGGCUCCGGUUCGGUCCAGAAGCCAGUCGAGGGUUUAUGUUAGCAGCAGGAGGGAUGGAAACAGGGGCCAGGUGGCAGGAGCGCACAGGACAGCGACGCUCGUUAGACCCGGACAGGCUGUAGAUCCAGGAUCUACCUCUGUUAGACAGUCUGCGCCUUUUAACGGUCGUGCGUCGGGGACCAGACAGCAUCCUGAGCGUAUUUACAGUCAUCCAGGCGCACGACGCUUUAACCCAGAACACACCAACCCCAUCAACGCCUCUGCACCGGGGAGUUUUACAGAUUUCCCAGGCAGGAGAAGAGCCGCGGCCGGGGGUGCGACCGCGCUGUACACCAGAGGAGGAGAACCAGCAGGGCCCGGUGCGCAAUAUCAGCAAUUACGCGCGGGGCCAGAGGCGAUAUCUGUCUCCAGGCAGACGGAUCACUCCAUCCCAGCACUUCCAGCAACUCUGGAGAGGGAACCCGAGGCCCCCUCUCCAUUCCCUGCUGCACCCAGCGAGGACGUUUCAAACGAGGCAGCCGGAAAUGGAGAGGACAUGGUUAACGACGACCCUCGAAACCCGUUUAAAAACCACAGGAAUUCUGUCUUAUACAACCCCUAUCCCACAAGAGGGAGGUCAGUGGCCCGCACGCGCCGUCCGCCUGGCACAGGACAUGGAACCAGAUAUUUCCAAAAUGGACUGCCCGACCUGGUGCCAGACCCGUACGCCAUCCAAGCAGGUGCUUAUGUCCAGCGCAUGCAGAUGUACGCGCUCCGCUGUGCUGCUGAGGAGAACUGUCUCGCCAGGUCGGCGUAUGGACCCGCCAUCAGAGACAUCGACUUCAGAGUCCUCCUGCGGUUCCCCCAGAAAGUGAAGAACCAAGGCACCACCGACUUCCUCCCCGUCAAGCCGAGAUAUCAGUGGGACUGGCACAGCUGUCACCAACACUACCACAGCAUGGACGCCUUCAGCAACUACGACCUGCUCGACGUCGUCACCGGGCGUAAAGUGGCCGAGGGACACAAGGCCAGUUUUUGCCUGGAGGACACCGGCUGUGACCCCGGAUUCAGACGGCGCUACGCCUGUACAUCUCAUACACAGGGACUGAGUCCAGGAUGUCAUGACAUCUACGCUGCCAACAUCGACUGCCAGUGGAUCGACAUCACUGACGUUCCUCCAGGAAACUAUAUCUUGAAGGUUACAGUCAAUCCCAAUUUCCACGUCCUGGAAUCGGACUUCACCAACAACAUAGUGAGAUGUGACAUCAUAUACACAGGCGUCUACGUCCAGACGCGCAACUGUCGAGUAACAAGAGGUUGACAUCUCCCUUCUCAAGAGCUAUCUGCAGCGAACAUCUCACCUCGUACUGUACGACAACAUCAACUCUAUGACAAACAAAAAGUGCAAUUGGUAAAGGAGUCUAACUACAACUGUGUGCUACGUAGUCUGGUGUUGCAUUUACUGGAAAUAAAUGCCAACGUAUACACCAA